AUGGUAGGCUUGACAACCGAUGGCGCUCCGUCUAUGGUGGGUCGUGAUAAAUGUCUCGUGGGGUUAUGUCGUACAGAUGAAGUUUUCUCCCAUUUCUCUGAUACCACUGCAUUAUCCGUCAACAAGCAUCAUGUGGACAUUUUCUACAACUACAACGUUAUGAAAUUGGUAGUAAAAAAUGCGAACAACAUUAGAGCUCAAGCGUUACAAAGAAGAUUAUUCAAAACCCUUGACUGUCAAUAUGGGGCACUACUUCUUCAGUCUGAAGUCCGGUGGUUAAGCAUGGGACGAGUGUUGAAACGUUUUAAUGAUAUCAUCUAUGCCAUAGUUCAAUUCUUCAAACAACGUUAUGAACUGAUUCCGGAACUGGAAAAUUCAAUCUGGCUUAGAGAUUUUAGUUUUCUUGUGGAUAUUACAGAAAAAUUAAAUGAACUUAAUUUGCAUAUUCAGGAGAGAGGCAAAGAACUAUCAGAAAUAAUUUCUGAUAUAAAAGCGUUUAUGAAAAAUCUGGAGUUUUGGGAACAAAACUUAAUCAAUGGCGAUACCAGGCAUUUUCCUGUUCCGCCAGAAAAGAUAUCUCAAAGUCCAUUAGAACCAUAUGACAGAAAAUAUCAUGUAGAAAUAGUCUCUAACUUGAAGGAUAACUUCAAAAAUCGUUUCAAGGUAUUCAAUGAAAUUGCUUUAAUGGCGCAAUUUGUUUCAUGGAAAUUGAUAUCCAACACUUUGCAACUUCUGUUACGCAGAACUUUAGCGAAGACAUCGCUGCGACAGAAAUGGAAGUUAAUGCGUUUCAAAAUGAUUUAG